AUGAGCACCAAACGUCGCGUGGCUGCGGCAGUGGCCUCCCCCGACCUGAAGCUGCGAAGUCAGAAGCGUCGCAAACUGUCUGACGAUCUCGAGGACCCCGAAGAGUCGAACCGUUCAUCCUCAGAGCCAGUAGAUGAGGCUGAAGCAGACGCAAGCUCCGUAUCGCAGAAUGACGAGGAUGAGCCCGAGGUGGAUUUUGAGGGCGAUACCAUUCAAACCGCCCAGGACAAGAUCUUAACGGAGCUAUUCCGUCUGAAGGACUCAGAUGGCGAAGAGGUAGCUUACCCAUUUGUCGGUAAACCAGACCGUAACCUGUAUCGGGACUACUAUGAAGUCAUUCAUCAUCCGGUCUCGUUGCGGAGUAUUCAGAAAAAGGUCCGUGGCACCGACGGAAGAAAGAAAGGUACAAAGAUGACUGCCUUUCCCUCGUGGCUGUCCUUCGAAGAGGAGGUCAGCUAUCUUUGGCGAAAUGCGCGAGAGUACAACGAGGAUGGCAGUGAGAUCUCUGUUCUUGCAGGUGUGCUGGAGGAUUACUUUCAACAGCGUGUGGCAGAGGCCAAGAAGCUUGUUCCAGAUUCCAUUCAGGUAGAUGGUCACCCCGAAUUACCUCGCAUCAAGUUAAAAAUGGCCUCGAUCAAACCGCAGCUAGGGGUGCAAAGGUUAACAUUGAAGAUGACUGGACAGACCCCCGAAACCAUGAGGGACGAUAAAACACCAUCUGGGGUUACUGUCGAUAAUGAUUCCCUCAAACGACAACAAGAGCUAGUUCGUAACGGGUCCACGAGCCAAGAGGCUGACCCACAACACUUGUCACCUCGAACGAGAUCCCUUCGCAGAAAUAUUGGAAGCCCCAAAUCCAGUGCGGCCACCACCCUGUCGGCGUCCGAGCAACCAUACAGCCUGACCAAUGGCCGGGACACGACUGGUGUCCUGAAAGACGAAACGCCAGUGAGAUCAUUUCAACGGGCCGAGAUACACCCUUCCACUGGUCUCCAUGGGGCUCCCUCAGACUCCACAAGCUGGUUUCACUCCCAAGAUGUAUUGACGCAGCUUCCUACGGAGACAUCGUCUAUGGAAUCUAUUUGGAGACGACCAGGUCAAGACGCCAACUCAGCACUCAUCCGCAAUGUUCAAAUUUCCACGCACCCCUCGCUAUCCCUUAAAGAGAACUUUCGCCUGGACAUUCCUCCGUCAUCCAGAUUGUCUCAACAAACCAUUACCAUCCCUCUACCCCCUUCACACCACUUGCUGACGAUCAAACCCACAUUAAUGGUUGGCACCGCGCAACGACAGGUGAAGGUUGUUGCUCUGAUGGGCAUGCAACGCCUUCAUCCGACUGGAGAUGCAUCUACGCUGGCGUACGAUAUUCAACUCCAUCCGGGUACUACGAAAGUCGAUCUUGAAGCCAUUGCCGGACCAGCCAGGGGGGCUCCUAAAUCUGGGCCCCCGGGCUCCGAGGUGGACUAUGAGCGGGUCACUAUCUUUUUUAAUCUAUUGCGAUGA